GCCUCGCUUGCUUCUUCGUAUCCUUUCGUUUUCCUCUUCCUUCACUUCUGUCUGCCUAUUUGGCCUUUCUUCUUUUCUCAGGAUCGUGUUUGUGGUUAUAAAACUGCCUCAAUUGCCUCCUCAAGUCCCUGUAUCCGAACCACUUACUCCGGACACCUGUGCUUCUUGACCGAUCCACCCCUUUUUAUCCCACUUUAAUUUCCAAUUGCUGUCAACAAUGGCUCCCGCAGCUCUUGAACAGGAGAACCAUGCGCGUGAUGCGGAGUUCAACCGCGUUCUCCAUGGAAAGUCCGCUGAAGCUCAGGGUGGUUUUGCUGCCAUGCGCAACAAGGACGCUGCCGCUCAGAAGGCUGCUGUCGACGAGUACUUCAAGCACUGGGACAACAAGAGCGCUGAGGAAGAGACUGAAGAGAUCCGUGCGGCCCGUCGUGCCGAGUAUGCGACCUUGACCAGACACUACUACAACCUUGCGACGGACUUUUACGAGUACGGAUGGGGUACCUCCUUCCACUUCUGCCGUUUCUCCCCUGGCGAGGGCUUCCACCAGGCCAUCGCUCGCCACGAACACUACCUCGCCCAUCAGAUCGGCAUCAAGUCUGGAAUGAAGGUUCUCGAUGUUGGCUGCGGUGUCGGAGGCCCUGCCCGUGAGAUCGUCAAGUUCACCGACGCCAACGUGGUCGGCCUGAACAACAACGACUACCAGAUCCAGCGUGCUACGCGCUACGCUGAGCGUGAGGGUUUGGCCCACAAGCUGACCUUCGAGAAAGGUGACUUCAUGCAGAUGAAGUUCGAGGACAACACCUUCGACGCUGUCUACGCCAUUGAGGCUACCUGCCACGCUCCCGAACUCGAGGGUGUCUACAAGGAAAUCUUCCGUGUCCUGAAGCCCGGUGGUGUCUUCGGUGUCUACGAGUGGUUGAUGACCGAGGAGUACGACAACAGCAACGCCGAGCACCGCAAGAUCCGUCUCGGUAUCGAGCAGGGUGACGGUAUUUCCAACAUGGUCAAGGUCUCCGAGGGUCUUGACGCCAUGAAGGGAGCCGGUUUCGAGCUCCUCCACAACGAGGAUUUGGCCGACCGCCCCGACACCAUCCCCUGGUACUACCCCUUGGCCGGUUCCUUCAAGCACUUGACCUCUCCCUGGGACUUCUUCACGAUCGCUCGUAUGACCUGGUGGGGCCGUGGCAUUGCCCACCGUUUCGUCGGUGCCAUGGAGAAGGUCGGUCUCUUCCCCAAGGGCUCUCAGAAGACUGCCGACAGUCUGGCCUUGGCCGGUGACUGCCUUGUUGCCGGUGGUGAGAAGAAGCUGUUCACUCCCAUGUACCUCAUGGUUGGCCGCAAGCCCGAGUAAACGGUUUCAGCAAAAAACUUGCAUUAUGCGAUAACGCCUGUACAAAUUUUUCUGGGACAGCAUCCUAUUGCAUAGACAGCACGGCGGUCUAUGUUCUUUAAUAUCCGGGUUUCUUCUAUUUUCCUUUAUAUUUCCCUAUGUUUCAUUCCCUUUCUUGUGUGUCAUUAUAUUGCAUACCGCCGCGGGAUGCUUUGUUUUCGUUAGUGCAUUUGUUUUUCCCAUCUCAUGUCCUGCCCAUACGGGAAUGGGCAGGCGUACGAAAUCACUGCUGAGUAUUAUGUGCCGAUGGUGAUGAUUCCUUUCUGCUGCUUGUCAUUUGUUGUUCAGAAUAGAUUUAAUAGCGAGUACCAGGAAUAACGAG